GGAAAGGUGGAAUUUUGUCGGCUGCUCUGCGGGUGAAGACUUCGCUCGCCCGACCGUCAGCCAGCUAACCUCUUCCCAUCUAUCCGACAACACGCUUCCUCAUCCACCACACAGUCAAUUCUGCACAGAAUUUCCUUUCAAAAUGAGACCGACUCAGAUGCUUAACGCCGGACCCAACUGGAAGGUUGGAAACUACCUCGGCCACGAUUUCGGUGCCCUCGGUGGUGCCAGCAAGCAGAAGGGCAUUGUCACAUACGGCCUUGCUGCUAACCGUCAGAACCCCUUCGCCGGGGCCGCUCACGACGCCAUCUUCAACACCUUCCGCCGCACCAAGUCCCAGAUCUUCUACUGGUUGCCUCCUUUGAUUGCCGGCUACUACCUGAUGAACUGGGCUACCGAGAGAAACCACUACCUCAACUCCAAGGCUGGCCGCGCUGAGUUUGGCGACUCUGAGUAAAGCGAAUUACCUGAUUGGUCGGAGGAGCAAAACUUGUAUUUGGCAGUCUACGGACGCAAACUGUACAUCACUGGCUAGAGGGGAUGCAAGAGAAGCGUAAUCAUUAGAACUAUUACCAAAACCUACGCGGAUAAAAUCCGUGUGCAAAUUUACUUUGUCAAUC